AGAGAUGGACAGUUUGGCUUCCCCGGGACCCCAGGGCUACCGGGUGACGGCGGCUUUGGAACCCUCGGGGAGAAGGGCUUCCCCGGGUUCCCCGGGACGAAGGGCCCCCCGGGUCGCGCCGGAGAGUCGGGUCCCGGGUACGUGGGCGCGCCCGGCCUGAGAGGGGGCGCCGGAGAACCCGGCUAUGCUGGGUUACCGGGACAACCGGGUAAUCCUGGACCGCCAGGAGAAAACGGCUGUGCAGAUGUAACUGACGGCUCUUUCAGAGAGGGAACGGGACAAACGAUCCCCUGCCGCAUCCCCGGAGAGGACGGCACACCGGGUUACCCCGGAUCACCCGGGCGACCAGGUCCUAAAGGCCAGCCCGGGUUCUCCGGCAGCUCUGGGCGUCCAGGCUUCAACGGGAACAAGGGAGAGAGGGGAGACCCCGGCUUCGGAGGGCAACCAGGUCCCCAAGGUUUCCCCGGGAUACGGGGGGACCCCGGCUCCCCCGGCCUCCCCGGCCAUGGCUACGACGGCGCCAGAGGGAAGGACGGCCUCCCCGGCAUCCCCGGCGGCAAGGGCCAGCCCGGAGAGGUGCUGGGGGCCACGCCCGGCUCCCCCGGACUCAACGGCCUCCCCGGGACCCCCGGAGACAAGGGCCAGCCGGGGAGCCCCGGUGGGCCGGGCUCCCCUGGUUUCGACGGUCGCUCCGGCGGUCCCGGGCCAAAGGGUGGGCGCGGAGACAGCGGUUAUAACGGUAUUGCCGGUCCCCCCGGCCCGCCCAGCGACAUCACGCGGAGCCUUCCCGGGGCCCGCGGGUCCCCGGGUCUCCCGGGCCCCAACGGAUCUCCAGGCUUCCCUGGUAGGAAGGGCUUCAGAGGAGACCCCGGUCCCAGAGGGCCCGCUGGCAUGAAGGGAACCCCAGGAGAGCCCGGUUACUCUGGGUCCCCCGGGAACCGAGGCGCCCCUGGUCCCCCAGGGCCCGGGACUAGAGACGGAAACCCUGGGAUACCCGGCAGGAAGGGCGACAGAGGCUUCCUAGGUCUGGUUGGUUUCCCGGGUCGCCCCGGGCGCCCCGGCACCCCGGGUCAGCCUGGAGGAAAGGGUUUACCGGGAUCGUCUGGACGUGACGGGGGACCGGGGGGUCUGGGAUAUCAUGGAGCUAAAGGUGAGCGUGGGUACCCGGGUAGCCCGGGCUUGCCCUCUGCCCCUCUCCCGGCCAACUUCUUAGAGAAAGGAGAACCAGGGAACUAUGGAGGUCAAGGUCUCCCCGGCUUCCCCGGACCCAGAGGUGACAAGGGUUUCCCCGGACUGCCCGGUCGCCAGGGUCUUCCUGGAAUUCCCGGUUACGCGGAUCAGAGCAAGGGUCUGCCGGGGUCUCCCGGUUACCCCGGACAACCUGGGACCCCCGGAUACCCCGGGUCCAAGGGGGAACCCGGCAUCCCAGGCUUCCCCGGGACCUUCGGACCGAGUGGGGAUGACGGCGGAUUUGGUUUCCCUGGCAACCCUGGAGAACCCGGUCGCCCCGGGUCUAAAGGUGCGAGAGGAGAAACGUUCAGCUACCCUGGAGGUCCCGGUGCCAAGGGCCAGCCUGGUGAACCAGGCUACCCAGGUGGGCGGGCUAAUGACGGCCUCCCCGGCGACAACGGAUACCCCGGAGGUUCAGGCUACCCCGGCACCAAGGGAGGGCCCGGAGAGCCCGGCAGACCGGGGCUUAUGGGCUCCCCUGGCUUCCCAGGGGCUAAAGGUCUCCCAGGCUACCCAGGGGGCAGAGGCCGUGACGGGACGCCCGGGCAGCCCGGCGGCCCCGCAGGACCGGGGGCUAAAGGUCUACCUGGCUCUAUGGGUCUCCACGGACUCAACGGACUGGCCGGACCGAGAGGUGCUCCGGGAACUCCAGGCCCCAGUAUCGGCGGUCGUCCAGGGACACCGGGAGCUAAUGGGCUGAAGGGAGAGCGAGGAGACUCGUACCCUGGAGGACCAGGCCGCAACGGGGAGAAGGGAGAGAGAGGAGACUCCGGUGGUCCCGGUCUCACUGGAUUCCCAGGGCUCCCUGGGCGUCCAGGAGAGACAGUGGGCUCAGAUAUCCCAGGACCAUUAGGAGACCCUGGCCUGCCCGGUCUGGACGGAGAGUACGGUCUCCGUGGGCCUACAGGACCGCCCGGGCCCCCCGGCCCCGGUACGGCCCAGGGAGACAGAGGUGAUCCCGGUCUGCCGGGCUUCCCUGGCGCCCCUGCUAGGAAGGGAGAAGCAGGACAUCCAGGGGGCCCCGGUUACAACGGCGGCCCCGGGUUCAAAGGAGAGAGAGGCGACACGGGCUACAGCGGGGGUCCUGGGCUGAACGGUUACCGUGGCGAGAACGGUUACUAUGGCGCCCACGGCCUCAAGGGAUCCAGAGGCGGGGCUGGGCGUAAGGGACGUCCAGGCCCUACCUCCACCCCGGCGGCGAUCAGUGUACCGUCUGGGGACCCGGGUGGUCCCGGAGCCCUCGGGGGGCCCGGGAACAGUGGGGAGCCUGGUCAGCCUGGGAUGCCAGGGCGAUCUGGUCCUAAGGGGCGCCCGGGCCCGGUUGGUAAGCUGGGUCGUAUGGGUUCUGGUGGUCUGCUCGGACCGCUCGGAGAUCCGGGUCCCCCUGGCUUCCCUGGACCCGCUGGAGAGCAAGGCUUCCCCGGUCAGCCGGGUAUCCCCGGGGUCGCCGGCGGCGUGGGGCGUAGCCACAGCAUCGGCUACACGCUGGUGAAGCACAGCCAGAACGAGCAGGUGCCCAUGUGUCCGCAGGGCAUGGCCAAGCUGUGGGACGGGUACAGCCUGCUGUACGUGGAGGGGCAGGAGAAGGCCCACAACCAGGACCUCGGUCUGGCUGGAUCCUGUCUCCCUAGGUUCAGCACCAUCCCCUUCCUCUACUGCUCCCCUAACGAGGUCUGCUACUACGCCAGCCGCAACGACAAAUCCUAUUGGCUGUCCACCACCGCGCCAAUUCCCAUGAUGCCCGUCGCCGAGGAGCAGAUCCGCUCCUACAUCAGCAGGUGUUCUGUGUGUGAGGCGCCCUCCCAGGCCGUGGCGGUCCACAGCCAGGACAUGAGCAUCCCAACCUGCCCCCGUGGGUGGAGGAGCCUCUGGAUAGGAUAUUCCUUCCUCAUGCACACGGCGGCGGGCGCGGAGGGCGGCGGCCAGUCGCUGGUCUCCCCGGGCUCGUGCCUGGAGGACUUCCGGGCCACGCCCUUCAUCGAGUGCAACGGCGCUAAGGGCACCUGCCACUACUUCGCCAACAAGUACAGCUUCUGGCUCACCACGGUGGACCAGCGCCGCGAGUUCGUGGACGCCCCGCCUCAGGAGACCCUGAAGGGCGGCACGCAGCUGUCCCGCGUCAGCCGCUGCCAGGUCUGCAGCAAGCUCUUGUAGUCGCCCCGACCCCCCCCCCCUUCGCCCCCCUUCGUCCUCUCCUGGUGGGGAGGGAUGGAGAGACCGACAGGAGGAGGAGGAGGAGGAGGAGGAGGAGGAGGAGGAGGAGGGAGAAAGACUGAUAGAAGCGGUGGUGACGAUGUUGAGGAUGAUGAUGCUUGUGUUAGAACGCCUCCAGUCAUGAUAAGCGUACAGACGAGGAGAGAGAAUGAGGGUGAGCAUGGUAGAGGUCAAGGUGCUAUAAUAAAUACAAGGAGUAACUAUUAGAAAUGAAUGACUGAAAGGAAACGAGGCCCCUCCCCUCGGGGGCUGUGUUGUGGUGAUGGUUUGGGUGUCGAGGAGGAAGAAGAUAAAUGAGGAGGAGUAGGAAGAAAGAGGGGAUUCUCCGUUGUUCUUCACUAGAUUAUUAUUUACAGUGGUGCUAUUGUGUGUCUUCCGUGUUUUUUGAUCUCACAUUAUGUUUUUUAUUUCUUUCUCCUUGUAAUCCUGUGUUUUCACUGGGUUAUCUCGCAUCGAGUGACCCCCCCCCCUCCCCUCCCCCCCCACCGUUCGAUAGAGAGGAAUAAUAGGCCUUGCAGCGCUUCGACUCACCCACAAAUCAUAACAUAGGACUAACCAUGCAGCACUCCCAAUAAAUAUCCAAGCGUCUCCUGUUGGAUAUUGUUGUUCUAUGAAUGACCUCAUUCUUUGUUUGUACUCCCCAUGAAAAUGUUGGUUCUGACUGAAUUGGUUGAGUUUAAGUGUUUUUCUCUCCCAGAGUCUGGUACUGUCAUCCAUACUAUGAUUCCUUUAUCUACUCCUUGUUGAUUUCACGAUAUCCGCACUUUCUUUACAAACCCAAAAAUUAUGCUAAAGGCAGACUGUGAUCGGCAGUCAUCUGGCCAACCCGUGCUAUUUUUACAGUUGUUAAUAUAUUGCACUGAUCUGAUUGGCUUCCUUUGUAUUUUUUUUUACGACCAAUAGGUAUGCUUAAUCAUCUUCUCUAGUUGGAUUUACAGCCUACGCUUUCCCAUAAUUCAACUUUUCACUCUUUGCUAUUAUUGGCAAAACAUUCAUAUAUUUGCUGCUUACGACCGAAUAUCCCCUCAUUCCCACCACCCUGAACAAAAAACUCUUCUAUGCAGAUGACACAUGCAUAAGACACAGACAGUUUGUCGUUGUCGUUGUUGUACAUAGUGCUUAUUGCCUGGCUCCAGUUUGUUGGUAUUAUGAUGUUGAAGCCGAGUCACAUGGUGUAUUUUGUUAAUUGUGGUGCUCUCUUCUUCUUCUCUAUUGUCUUUCCCUGUGGAGUUUCCUUGUCUCUUAGCUAGGGAGAUGCAGCGGGUACGUGAAGCAAGUGUUAUCCCAUCAGCUUUAGCCUCACUAAGGUUAACAUUGCACGUCUCCAGUCAUAGAACCACAUCCAUGAGCGAUCUGUUUCGGCUGCAAUUGUUGUUUACAAUGCCUUGAGACAAACCAGGACCUGGAUCCUCCAUGGCGGCUGUUGCUUGUACCCCCUUUUCGCUAGGCCAGGAUGAUGAGAACCCGGGGGAACCUGUAACCACUAUGGCCCCUGUUUCUGACACGUAGCUUUAUCUCUAUGCUGGUCUCGGCUCUGAGUUAGUGACCUUUUAUGCAUUUUACAUGUUUCAUUAUUUUCACAUCCCCCCCCCCUCCCCCCAUUUGUCUCUUGUCUAUUGUUUGUAAUGUAGAUUGUAAUUAUUUAGUUAAAUCUUAAAGUCACGUUAUUCUCCCAGAUUUUUUUAAUGGUUGUUAUAUACUGAGUUGGGCCGGGGAGAAACUGAGCUGUACAUUCAAUAAAAAUAAAAACCAAAUAAAAAAUGUUUGUAUAUGCCCAAAAAUGUAUUCACCAGAGAUCUUUAGAUGUAACGCAGAAUAACAAGAGAUCCAUGGAUGAACCCUGAACAGACGGAUGAACCGUCUGUUCUUGCUCGGUUCAACAUUUAGAUUUCACACACUGACCUAACAAAGAAAUUGAGAGCUAUGGUACGAUCCAUGUUUCUACACGACUGCAGAGAAAGGAAAGAAUACUUUCCUCCAAGAGGGACGUGGGAGACAUGCGCCCUGGCAUGUCCAAUACCGUAACGUGUAUGUCUGUGCUCACUAUGAAAUAAAGUACAAUACAACUGAACAUCUGGGAAUGGUUUUAUUUAAAUCUGUCUUAUCUGACACAUAAAUCGGCUUUACCAACGCUCAUGUCGGCCCACUGGUCCUCAUGAAGAAUUUAUA